ACUCGUUAUAAGGAAGUAUGUAAUAGAAUGGGUCGUAACUGCCGUCUUGUCCGCCUAGAUUGCUUGGCCAGCGAUGAUGCGUUUGCUUUGUUUUCUGAGAAAGUUGGACUCGAAACCCUAAAUUCAGAUCACCGAAUAAGAAAAAUUGCGGAAGAAAUCAUCAACGAUUACUGUCAAAGACUGCCGCUUGCUCUUACGGCCACUGGUGCAGCGCUGUCAUCGAAGAAGACUUAUGAAGAAUGGGUCGUAGCGGACAGAAAUUUGAAGAAAUCGUCUGCAAAUUUUCCAGGCAUGGGCAAGUCAUUUUUCCCCCUUUUAAAGCUUAGUUAUGAUAAUUUAGACGAUGGAGCGAAAAGGUGCUUCCUUUCUUGCGCUCUGUGGCCGGAAAACUACAGCAUUUGCAGCGAAGAGCUUAUUGAAUGUUGGAUGGGACUUGGAUUCAUCAACGAGGUUGAUAUCAGUGCAGCCUACUCUCAUGGCUGCCAUGUUAUUAAC